AUGUCUUGGAACACGAUGCUACUACGGCUUGCGUUGGCAAUUUACGGCUUCACAGCGAUAUGCAUGUUUGCCGAAACUUCGGCGCAGGGACUAUCGCAAUAUGAUGGUUCUGCAGUCGCUGACAGUCGUAGCGGUUGGGAUGCUCUAAGCGGGCUCUACGCACUACUUGCUCAACACGACGCGCUCGGAGGCCACGCACUUGCUCGCAAAUCUGUGCGAUCACCAUCACGACGCUUGCGUUUCGGACGCCGAUCUGACCCCGACAUGGCACCUCAAGCUCCUAUUGACGAAUUGGACGAGCUUUUGUCCCUCCGCGACUUGCGUACGCCCGUGCGCCUGCGCUUCGGACGACGAUCUGAUGAACGCGCCGUGCCUCAUAUUUUUCCACAGGAGGAUCAGGACCGUAUCGCGCGAGCUCCGUCAAUGCGUCUCCGAUUUGGCCGACGAUCCGACAAUAAUAUGUUCCUGCUGCCAUAUGAGUCGGCUCUCCCCAAGGAAGUAAAGGCGGGAAGUUCUGAAGACGAUAGACAGCCAAACUGAACACAAUGCAUCUAAGGAAAUUCAUCUCCGCUCCAUAAUCUGAAACUAUAGUUAAGGCAAGAGUAACUACUAAAUAUAUUUACGGCUAACAUUA